CAAGCAAGUACUAGGGCCUGUAUACUCUUCCACUCUUACCAGCAUGGCCAAUCUGGCAUUGACCUACUGGAAUCAGAGAUGAUGGAAGAAAGCAGAAGAGCUGGGAGUGUAAGUAUUAGAUUUAUGCAAGUAAGUGCUAGGGCCUAAACACCCUUCCACUCUUACCAGUAUGGCCAAUCUGGCAUCGACCUACCAGAAUCAGGAAUGAUAGAAGGAAGCAGAAGAGCUGGGAGUACAAGUAUUAAAGCUGUAAAAGCAAGUACUAGGGCCUGAGCACCCUUCUACUUUUACCAGUAUGGCCAAUCUGGCAUUGACCUACUGGAAUCAGGGACGAUGGAAGAAAGCAGAAGAGCUGGGAGUGCAAGUAUUAAAGCUACGCAAGCAAGUGCUAGGGCCGGAGCAUCCUUCCACUCUUGCCAGCAUGGCCAAUCUAGCCUUUACAUGGAAAGGCCAGGGAAAGGUUAAGAAUGCCCUUGCUCUGAUAAAACAGUGUGCAGAGCUCCGCCGCAACUUGCUGGGUCCAGAUCACCCAGAUACCAUAUCCUCUUCUGAUACUCUCAGUGACUGGGAAACCGCGGUAGAUUCUGUGAAUGGUUGUGGUCACGUGAUCUGAGGCUA